UUGGGGAUUCCCAGGUUAUUUGUCCUGCAGGACGAUGACCACGCCGGCGGGCUCGGGCACGGGCUUCGGCUCUGUGUCCUGGUGGGGCCUGUCCCCAGCGGUGGACCUGCAGGCUGAGAGUCCUCCUGUGGGCCCAGACUCUCAGGCCGAUACAGAGCACGGGACCCCCGAGCUAAAUGUGCUGCUGUUGGGGUCCGUGGAUGGGCGGCACCUGCUACGGACCCUGGCCCGGGCGGCUCUUUGGCCUCAAAGGAGGUUCCACUUUUAUGUGCUGGAGAAUAAUCUGGAAGCUGUAGCCCGACACAUGCUGAUCUUCAGCCUAGCCCUGGAGGAUCCUAAGAAGAUGGGGCUACAAGGCAAGGGAAACUUAAACACGGAAUUCAGGAUUGGGGUUUGGGGUUACCUGCGGCGGUGGGAAGGAAUAGGCGAGGAGACCUAGGUGAGGUAGAAGAGCGAGACCUUCCUGGAG